CAACAGCGAGAGUGUAUUGAAAAGUAAAAAGUAAUUUCUAAAUGUAAUGUUACUUUUAUUUUCUACACAAACAUAAGGAUAAAAAUGACUUUUAAAACAAAUCUCAAUCAAUGAUUGAGUUUUUCAAAACUACUUACUAUUUGCCUUCAAGUGAAUCGGUUGUGAAAUAUUAAUACAAAUAUUUUUGAUUAUAUUUUUCAAUAUAUUACAUAUUUUUUGAAUACAAUAUAUAAUUAUCAUAAUAUAUUUAGCAGUAUCGUUUUGUGUCUUGGUUAUAAUUUCAGUGCAUUUGUAUUUAUUGUGUGUUUACGGCAAAUUGCAAACCAUUUAGUCAUCCAUUGAGUUCACCACUGAAGACGAUAAUAUCUGUCAAUAAUGGCCCCAAAUAGUGAUAAUAAGCCCAAAAUGAUGACUAGUGUCUCGCCAUCUCAGCCAUCGGCCAACUUCCAGAAGACCCUGAAGGGAAUUCUUGCGGGUGGCAUCACCGGUGGUAUAGAGAUCUGCAUAACCUUUCCCACGGAGUACGUGAAGACUCAGUUGCAAUUGGAUGAGAGGUCAGCCAAACCCCGGUAUUCAGGCAUUGGAGAUGUGGUCAAACAGACCGUCAGAAGUCAUGGCGUGUUUGGUCUCUACCGGGGAUUAUCUGUACUCAUAUAUGGAUCGAUUCCCAAGUCGGCCGUCAGGUUCGGCGCUUUCGAGGAGCUCAAGAAGCGCAAUGUGGACGCAAAGGGCAACCUAUCGCCGGGUAUGCGACUGCUGUGCGGUUUGGGCGCCGGUGUGUGCGAAGCCAUAUUCGCCGUCACGCCUAUGGAGACCGUGAAAGUGAAGUUCAUUAACGACCAGAACAGCGCUAAACCCAAAUUCAAGGGCUUCGCUCACGGGGUGCGCGAGAUUGUCCGGGAACAGGGCAUACGCGGCACAUACCAGGGCCUCACCGCCACGAUCAUCAAACAGGGCUCCAAUCAGGCCAUCAGGUUCUUCGUGAUGGAGACGCUCAAGGACUGGUACAGAGGGGGCGACCCUACCAAGCACGUGAAUAAGCUGGUGGUCGGCGGGUUCGGUGCGAUAGCCGGCGCCGCCUCUGUCUUUGGGAAUACGCCCGUCGAUGUGGUGAAGACCCGUAUGCAGGGCUUGGAUGCGGCCAAGUAUAAGAGUACACUGGACUGCGCCCUACAGAUCGCCAAGAAUGAGGGCUUUAAGGCGUUUUAUAAGGGAACGGUACCCCGGCUGAGUCGCGUGUGCCUCGACGUGGCCAUCACUUUCAUGAUUUACGAUUCAUUUAUGGAUCUCUUCAACAAAGUGUGGAAAACGUAAUCACCGUUUGCGGUGAUGUCUGUCCCUAUUUGUCUGUCAAACUGCCGGAUGAGCUGUAUUUACCAUAUAAUUAGGUUUAGGUUUACGAGUGGAUAGUAAUGCUGACUGAAAACAAUGACUCCUUUUUUGAUAUUUAAUAUUAGACUGAAAUCUAAUGUCC